CGGCCAUAGCAUUUGGGUUGAAUGCAAACGGAGCCAGAGGAAAAGCAAGAGGGGAUCAAUUUAGAGUUACAAUUCAUCGGGUAAGCAACCUUCAAACUAAUCACUCGAUUGGUAAUUAAAUGCAUGGACUCAGACGACCACUACACUAGUUCAUUAGGAAGUAUGCAUGUGCAUGAGCAAUUGUGUAUAAACCUGGUUUGUUGUUUGCAUUUCAAAUGCAUGUCAGACAGACCCAUACCUUCCCCUCCUUUGUUCGCUUGCGCCGCUUUUGAUGCGGGGUUUGUGUAUACGGGUGCAACAUGGCUGACAUUGAGGUACCAUACCUGCUCAGUUAAAAUCCAGUCAAUCCGCCUAUUUGACAAUCAAGCGAAUCGGUGCUUUAGGAUGUACAUGUAUGCAACGUCAUUUAUUCAUUGUAAACAAAAUGACAAUCCUAUACAUUCUUGGGUCACUCCAGAGAUUCUUGAGUAGUUUUACUUAGCUUGAAUUGCUUGCCAUUUCUGUUAAAUAAAAGUAUACAACAGUUAGUUCGAGGCAAUGAGACAGAAACGUUAUUUCAAUGUUACCUGUAGGUAAAUCAUGUUUGAAAAAACAUGUCUGAAGGGGGCGGGUCUAAUCCUAGUCUACUAAAAAGUAAUUUGUUAUCUGGAUUCUUUUUUUCUUUUUUUGGUGGGGGGGGGGGGGGGGGGGUGUAAAUCCCUAUUGUUUAUACAUUUUAAGGAAAGACAGCCUAUGUUGUCUAUUUUCAUAAGUAUACAUUAUUCUAUUACACCUAACGUUGUAGAAUUGUGACAAAGUGAUCCAAGAUGGACCUACUUUUUCUAUGGACCACUAAUACUAAAGAGAGUCCGAUUGACCAAACUGUGUGGGUAGGCCUACUUGGUCUCUGUACUGUAAUUAUGACUCAUUGAACAUAUAACUGGUUUCCUUUGGUGUGUAAGACUAAAUCACUCUGCAACAAAAAAAGUAUAUACUGUUCUGCCAUUGUUUUUAAACAGCUACUGCUGCUAUAUGAUUGUAUAAUUGCUGAAGGACAGGUCUAUAGCACACAUGAGUCAGCAUGACUGAUUGGGUUCAUAUCAGUUACAUUUGCGGAUGAGAUACUUGCUAGUUAUGACAUUUUCUACCCCAAAGUCAUUCUUCAUCAUAAUGCAUAAUGCUGCUCAUUUUUCAACAGUCUGAAGUGCCACAUUAAGUGUUCCUGCACUGGAGGGGAGUGAUCCUCCCACCUGGGGCCACUACCUGCAUGCUGUCCCGCUUUCUUCUGAUUCCCUAGUAGAGACAUUGUCACCCUAGUCUGGCAGCCUGGCUGCUCACCUACAUGUAUAUCAAUGAAGACCCCAUUUGGGAAGACGCCAGGCCAGCGCCCCAGAGCUGAUGGGGGUGAGACGCACUCCUCCCGCUUUGUGUACAUGAAGGCAACCGGAACGUUACGUAUAACAUAUAGCCUACUACACCAUAUGGCUGUAAUUUUAAAGAUAUAAGUAUGUAAUACAGUAAUAAAUGCUGAUUGGAGAGAUUUCAUGCACAUGUUUGUUUGUCAUUUUAGGGAAUACUGGGGUAUCUGCAAAUAUGAUGAAGAAAAAAAAAUCCCACAAGUAAGUUCUCUCAUUGUGUAGACACAGCAUAAGACCAAAAGCAGGUUGGCUUACAAACAGAUACUACAUUGAUUUGACAUUCAUUUACAUAUUGCUGUCUCUGCCUCUCAAAUUGGGAUCUCUAUAGGAAGCAGAAGAAUAAUGUUGGUCCAAGCAAGCCUAUUGCCCAACCCAGACGAAACAUAGUGGGCUGCAGGAUAACGCACCAGUGGAAGGAAGACUCCAAGGUUUCCCAGUGGAAAGGAACAGUUCUUGACCAAGUCCCUGUAAACCCCUCUCUCUACCUAAUCAAGUAUGAUGGAUUUGACUGUAUCUAUGGACUUGAGCUUCACAAAGAUGAGCGGGUGCAAGGCCUGGAGGUUUUACCAGACCGAGUUGGUAGGUGUUGUGAAGACAUGACAAAAGUCGGCCUUGCUCUGCCAUAAAAAGCAUAUUACACUUAUGUCUGUUUGGUAUGAGUAUGUUAUAACCAAUGUACUCAUGCGGUUGAUGUGUGUUUGAUCAUGCAUACCUUAUAUCACAGAUUAGUAAAUGUAUCUUUAAAUAGCCAUAAUUACUAUCCAUUUGAAAGUGCUCUCUGUAUUGCAGCUCCAGCUCGUGUCAGCGAUUCCCAGCUAGCAGAAACCAUGAUAGGCAAAGCAGUGGAGCACAUGUUUGAGCAAGAUGAAGGACCAAAGGAGGAGUGGAGGGGCAUGGUGCUAGCACGGGCUCCCAUUAUGAACACAUGGUUCUACAUCACUUACGAAAAGGACCCUGUUUUGUACAUGUACCAGCUCUUGGAUGACUACAAAGAGGGGGAUCUCCGGAUAAUGCCUGAUUCAAGUGAGAGUCCAUCAGAAAUGAUCAUUAGUGUUCAAACUGUAGACAUUGAGUAUGUUUACAUGCACAGUAAUAGUUUGAUAUUAAACGGAUUAUGGCAGUAGACAGAUUAUGCAGUAGACAUGUAAAUACCUUACUCAGCAUAAGGUCAAAAUGGAAGUCGGCAUACGCCGAUUAAAACACCUGGUUUUCUGAGCCAUCUUUUGAAUUAUUAGGACAUGUAAACAGCUUAAUCGGCGUUCCAGCAGUGUAUUUGAUCUGCACAUGUGCUAGCACCGGGUAGCGCGAGUGAAGUGAGUUCAGAAAAACUGAAAGUAUGCAUCUUAUAAAUAGUUUCUCCAUACAAACGUUAUAUGUCCAAACUCAGAAUCAAAUAGGCUUCGCAAAAAUAACAUGGUCACUGUGGUAGAAUGUCUAUUUUGUUAGGCAAUUUUCUGCACUUAAAGAAAGUCCCAUCAUUAGCCUGAUUUCAGAUGUGUCCAUGUAAACAGGAUUAUUAGGGAAAUCCUUCUUCUCGCAAUAUUGUGCGCAUGUAACCGUGCUCAUUGUUUAAUGUCUCUAUCUCUCUCUUUUUUUAAAAACAUGUCAUUCUAAGUUGUAUUACUGUAGAUACAAUCAUACUACGUAGAAGUAGUCAACCAAUUAUCUCACUAAAGCUUUCUUUGCUUCUGCAGAUGACUCGCCCCCAGCGGAGAGAGAGCCUGGGGAAGUGGUGGAUAGCCUUGUUGGUAAACAAGUGGAAUAUGCCAAAGAGGAUGGCGGCAAAAGGACUGGCAUGGUUAUCCAUCAGGUUGAAGCCAAACCCUCUGUGUAUUUCAUCAAAUUUGAUGACGACUUUCACAUCUACGUCUACGAUUUAGUAAAAACGUCUUAGGGCAUAGGCAUUGAGAAAAUCAUUGAGUCACAGACCUUGGCAAAUGUUCUGACGCUUUCUUUGAAACAACAUACAUUUCCAUUCAAAAUGGACAAUUCCUUCACAGGCUGCGAAUGUGGAACUUGUCAUUUCCUGUGUCACUGUUUCCAAUGCGAAAGCUUUUAGUGUACUUUGUUUCAAGUCCACUUUGUUUCUAAAAGAAGGGAGACCUCUGCAGAAUUCGGCAUGUCUGAACAUUUACACUCUGUUCAAUUGGGCCAGACGCCAUGUGCGACAUGGUUUAUGAUUGUAAAAUGCAGGAAGAAAAAAAACAUUGCAUAUGGGUCAGAUCUUUUUAACUGUUUGGGUUAGAAACAAGCAGUUUUCGCUGUAUUAAUGGUGCAAGCAUGACACUAACUAAUCUUCACUCUGGAAACAAUGGUACAGUGAUGCUUUAUCAUUACAGCAAUUAUAAAAAAUAUAUAUAUAUAUAUUGGAUU